AUGUUCUUCCAUAAUUUGUUCGAAUUAUCCGUAUCCAGCAACAUACCCAACGACUCAUCGCCAACAGUCGCAUGCUUUACUGAUGAAGACACAUUGGAACUUUUUUAUGAACAGAAGAUGACAUGUAAAAGAUUCAUUGAGUACUUAAUUUCACUACAGUCACGGAUGCCCGUAGAAUGUUUUUUCAUCAGCUUAUGA